AAUAGCCUCGCUCCUCGCCGCUUUCAGCCAGCACAAAGUCUUACUGUGUCUAGUAUGACGGUGUGAUAUGACUGUGUCUAACUGUGUUAAAGUAAGCACAAUAUAGUGAGUACUAUACAGUGCUGACUACACAGCCGCCUCAGCCAGCCACUAUGAGCAUCUCACUUCAUCUUGCUCGCGUUGCUCACGUUUUUAAUGCUGCUCACGCUGCUCAUCGUGCUACAGGCCUUCCUGCCCUGUCCUGUGUUUUGUCAGUACUUGACACCACCAAUUCUCUCUACCAGUGACUGUCACAAGCCCUGGUUCGUCUGCAUCUGCUUCCGCGUCCGCAUCUGCAUUGCAUCUGCACCAUCCAUGCAAACUCCGUCCCCACCUCGUCACCCCGUCACCGCAUCACCUGCCGAUCUUUGAAGCUCCCCCCCUCCUCCCGCCUUCCCAUCAAUGAACCCCCUUCCAUCCCCCAAUCAGCGCAGUCCCCAAGGCGCAUCCUCAGACCCUGCCACCUUCAUUUCUUCUCUCCCUCAACCUGACCAUUUCUCCUUCUCUCUCCCCAAGUCCAUCUGAAGCUUCUCUAAACCCUCUUCCUUUCCUCUUUACUAUUAUCCGUCAUCUAAACUCCCUAAUAUCAAAUCGAGGUUCAUUGCCUCAACCCUAAUCUCGCAAUGGCUCCUAGUCAGUUCAAGACACUGCUGGGCUCAAUUCGGAGGAAGCCUUCUCGCGCCCCCGAUGGCAAGACAGACGAGCAGGCGUACGGGAGGCCCAUGGAGGAGAAGACCUCCAUCAUUCAUGAUCUCACACACCUUGGUCUCAAGAACACAAGGACAGUGGCGGAGGCCAUCACCACUCUUGCGUCGGGAGAGCCUAUGGACGAUAAGGAUCUGUUAUUAGAGAAGGGCGUCGCCAUGCUCCAAUCCCUCCCAACCAACAGCGGCCUCAGUGAGACCAUCUCCAAUAACUUCAUUGGCAUGCUGUGGAAAGACCUGCCACAUCCUCCUCCCACAACCGCUGGCCCAACAGCCCGCUACAGACAGCCUGACGGCAGCGGCAACAACCCGUGGAUCCCAGAGAUGGGCAAGGCCGGGUCGCCAUAUUCCCGCAGCGUACCUCCCAUGAAGCCUAAGGGACCUAAUCUCCCAGACCCAGAGCUUGUUUUUGACCAGCUCUUGAAGAGAACGGGACCUUUCCGCGAGCACCCCUCUGGGCUGAACAGGCUGUUCUUCUCCUUCGCCACGGUUGUCAUCCACGAGUGCUUCCAAACCUCGCGAACUAACCCAUUGAUCAACGAGACCUCGAGCUACGUUGAUCUGAGCACUAUUUACGGAAAUAACGCAAACGAGCAGAAGCGCGUGAGAACCUAUGAGCAAGGAAGGAUUUUCCCCGACUCAUUGGCGUCGGAGAGAAUCAUGAUGAUGCCACCAGGUGUAGUGGCCGUCCUGUUGAUGUUCUCGAGAAACCACAACCAUAUUGCGGAGAACCUGCUGUCAGUUAACGAGGGCGGCAAGUACAAGGACUGGGCCAGCCUUGAUGACGAGCAGAAGGCUUGGCAAGAUGAGGAUCUUUUCCAGCUUACCCGUAACAUCAAUGUAGGCUUCUUUGCGUCGGUGGUGCUAAAGGAUUACGUUGCGGCCAUUCUCAACACCCCACGGGCCGAUUCGGUCUGGUCUCUAGACCUCGGUGGUGAGAUCAAGAAUGGCGGACAGCGACUUGAGCGAGGCUCCGGAAAUGUGGUCUCCGUAGAAUUCGCCGUCCUCUACCAUUGGCACGCGGCCCUCAGCGCCGCUGAUGACAAGUGGAUGGAAGACGUUAUACGCAGGCACAUCCCAGAUCUCCAGUCGAUUGACGAUGUCAGCGCUGCAGAUUUCAAGAAGGUCAUGAUGACCGAGGGGCACAAGCUCAUGUCUACUCCGCCAAAGGAGUGGACGUUUGGCGGUCUCCAGCGUGGGCCAGAUGGAAGAUUCAACGACGUCGACCUUGCGGAGAUUAUCAAGGAUUGUAUCGAAGAGCCAGCCCACGCCUUUGGUGCACACGGCACUCCCGCUAGUUUGAAGAUUGUUGAUAUCAUGGGACAGCUGCAGGCGAGAGAGAUGUUUAAUGUUUGCACGAUGAACGAAUUCCGUCGUUACCUCAACUUGAAGCCGUACGAGGACUUUGAGGACUGGAACCCGGACAAGGAGACAGCCAGAGCUGCUGAGCUCCUGUAUGGCCACAUUGAGAACCUUGAAUUAUACCCUGGGCUCAUGGCCGAAGUCACCAAGCCGGCUAUGCCUGGUAGUGGUGUCUGCCCUGGUCACACAACGGGCCGUGGUAUCCUCGAUGACGCCGUUGCGCUCGUCCGUGGAGACCGAUUCCUCAGCUACGAUUUCAACAGCACCACCCUGACCAACUGGGGAUUCGCCAAACUCGGUGCCAUCCCACCUGGAGCAUACGGCGGCAUGUUACCUAAUCUGCUGUUCAAUGCCCUUCCUGGUGCUUGGACGGGAACGUCUACAUACGUCCUCCUUCCCUUCUAUACCCCGGUCGCAGCAAAGGGUAUCCUGAAGGGUAACAAGGUCAUUGACCAAUACGACCUGGAUAGACCUGCUAGCGACAAGGUUGUCCUUGGCAUUCACACACACGAGGGCUGCAAGAAGGUAUUCGAGGACCGUGAGAACUUCCGUGUUAUGUACCAGGCGGCAAUCCGCAAGUGUACCGAUGGACACGAUUUCAUGAUCGGCUGGGAUGAUGCUAAGCGCCACGACACCCGCUCUAGCAUUCUCCACAAGGUUUUUUUUGAAGAGGGCUUCGAGGCGAACCUCACAAAGUUCUUCAGGACCAAUGUCUCUAGGCUUAUUAAGGAGAAGUCGUUGAAAUACUCGAGCAAGAGGAGGUCGAUUGAUAUUGUCCGCGAUGUCACCAACGUUACCCCCAUCCUUUGGCUUGCGGAGCGAUUCGCCAUUCCCCUCAAGACGAAGCACACACCACACGGCCUGAUGUCUGUCCCAGAGCUGUUCAUGAUUUACCUUGUCCUUUUCAUGUACCAGAGCUUCAACAUCAUUCCCGCAAAUGAGUGGAAGUUGAGAGAGGGUGCCAUGAAGGCUGCCCCUGCCCUUAGAGCGAUCUUCGAGGCCCACCUGAAGACCCAGCAAGGCUUCAAGGAAGGCAUUGUUGACUGGCUCGCCAAGGGCAGUGCGUUCGAGGUUGGCCCGGAUGCUGACAGAAUCUACCACGCCCUCAACGACUCCAAGCUGCCUAUUGGUGAUCUUGUAGGCGACUGUAUCGGUAUGGGAGCUCCAGUUGCUGGUAACCUGACCCAACAAGCCUCCCUACUCAUCGAUCUCUACCUCAGCGAGGGAUACGAAGAGUACAAGGACCGCAUUAUCGAGCUAUCCCACAAAGACGACGCCGCAUCCGAGAGAGAACUCCAGGGUUUCGUAUUCGAGGGUAUGCGCCACGCUGGUGUCGUCCCCGGCCUCCCCCGCGUCGCCUCCAAGGACGUCACAAUCAUGGACGGCUCUCGCGGCCCCAUCAGCAUCAAGGCCGGCCACACCAUCCUGGUCGCCACUUCCAAGGCGGCCAUGGACCCGAUCCAGUUCCCCAACCCCGAGAAGCUGAACCCCCACCGCCCGUUCAAGGAUUACAUCCUCCUCGGCCACGGGCUGCACUUCUGCUUCGGCGCGAGGUUGGUUGGGGCGUCGCUCGCGGCGACGCUGAAGGAGGUGUUUAAGUUGAAGAAUUUGAGGAGGGCGAAUGGACGACAGGGGCACUUUUCGAUUGUGGAACAUGAGUUUGCGGGGGUGAAGAUGAGGCACUAUCUGGAUUCUAAUGCUAAUGAGUCGCCGAUCCCGACGACGCUGACGCUGGAGUAUGAUGAGUAGGGAAUUAAUAGGUGGGAUAAUGUAUGUAUGGCUUAUUGUGUGUUUAUAUGAGGCUUUGGGUCGUGUUUUCAAUAUGACUAUGCUCGCUCCCGCAAUUAAUACACGUUGGUGGAUGUUUGUAUGCCCGAAUUGAGAUGUUUGUCGGAAUGUUGCAGUCAAAUAUCAUCAAAACGCACGAAUUUGAAUUGUUGCUAAAUCAACAAAAUCUUCGAUAACCAUAGAUAUGCAUCAUAAGGAUAAUCAUAAUCGUAG